UCCAAUCCUCUUCUCUCCAAUGGGUAUCUCUCCUCCCUCUUCUCUCUUGAAAACACUCACUAACCCCCAUCUAGCCUUCAACCCCGGCGCCCCCGCAGAUCAAAACAAAGAUCAGUCGAAGCCCGUCUUCAACUUCGGCGCGAAUAAUGCUGCCUUCGGGUCAAAGCCUGGCACCUCUGCCUUCUCUUUCUCCGGCGCUCCUUCCUUCUCCUUUGGCGCAACCGCUUCAUCUACUCCCUCACAAGCCACUCCCACAUCGGCUCCUGCUGCCACCUCCUCCUCUACUCUGAACGCUCCCGCAUCUGGAGGUUUGUUCAGCGGCGCUACCAGCACAACCCCCGCCUUUGGCUCCAGCAACACUACCUUCGGCUCCGGUACCACCCCUGCCCCCAAAUUUGGCUCGACUGCUCCAUCUGCUCCAUCCUCUACUGGCGGUCUCUUUGGAUCCGGCGCAAACCCCGCUGGCUUCACAUUCGGCAACACCAGCGCAAGCCAACCCUCCACCGCGUCCGCAGCUACAACUUCCUCUGCACCCCCUCCGUCUCUUUUUGCGUCUGUGAACGCCGAUCCCGCAAAGACUUCUUCCACACCUACCGCGUCUACCACUGCACCUUCCUUUUCGUUCGGUAACCUUUCAGCAGCUACCCCCAGCAAGCCCUUGUUUUCUGCUGGAACCACUACAAGCACUGCCGCUACUACCUCUGCUCCUGCGAGUAGUACCCCUGCUCCUGCCGCUGGUGGGCUUUUUGGAUCUACCACUCCUGCCGUGACUUCGGCACCGUUGUUUAGUUUGAACGCCGCGACUGCCUCUACCACAACAACUACUACUACAUCUACUUCUACUGCUCCUUCAGCAACCACAGCUCCGUCAUUUGGCGGCUUUGGCGGUGCCGCAAAGACAACCUCUACACCUCUAUUCGGAGCCAAACCCGAUGCUUCAAAGCCCGCUGAAACACCCACCUUUGGCGCGAAGCCAGAUGCGUCCAAACCCACGACAUCAGCGCCGCUAUUUGGUGCUGCCGCCGCAACUACUUCCGCCAGCACCGCUCCUUCGUUUGGUGCGCCUGCUGCUACUACCUCGGAUAAGCCUGCUGCUACUAGCGCCCCGCUAUUUGGAGCUGCUGCUGCUGCUGCUCCUUCAGCUCCAGCUUCGACUCCGGCUACGUCGACUGCUCCCGCAGCCACGACAACUACUGCCCCCACCUUGUCCAACGCCCCGCCCGCGCCCGCCGCUCCCGCGCCCGCGAGCCUGAAAAACAAGAGCAUGGAAGACAUCAUCUCGAAAUGGACGACCGCGUUGACCAAGUACUCUCGCGAAUUUGCGCAGCAGGCCGAGGAGAUUUCGAAAUGGGAUCGGACGCUGGUCGAGAACGGCGAGAAGAUCUCGCAGCUAUUCACAGAGACCGUGCAGGCUGAGCAGACGCAGACAAAGGUCGAGCAGUUGCUGCUGUAUACUGCUCGUCAGCAGGAUGAUAUCGAGGCUACGCUGGAUGUAUAUGAAAAGGAUGUUGAUAAUUUGCUUGCGAGUAUUGGCGCUACGGAUGGUAUGCAGCCGCCUGAUAUCGAGAGAGAGAGAACGUAUAGGUUGGCUGAGAGAUUGAACGAAGAGUUGGAUCAGCUUGGAAAGAACCUGAGCAGUAUGAUUGAGGAGGUCAACAAGAGCUCCACUACUCUGAAUCGGACUAAGGACGACGAUCCACUCUCGCACAUUGUCCGCAUUCUGAAUGCGCAUCUAUCAAGUCUGCAGUGGAUCGAUACAAACACUGCGCUUUUGCAUGAAAAAAUCGAGGAGGUCAAAGCGAUCGAGAGCCAGCUUAGAUCAAGAGGAUAUUAGUUAUGAAGGAUGUUGCAAUGUAUUAAUGUACAAUAAAAGAAAUU